GCCACGAGAAUACCGUAUAAAAAUGGUGGGGCUGAGAGCAUUUCAGCUCCAAUUGCUCGAUGUUUAGAAUUGCCUCUCUUCCAAGAUGGAUUUCCUGCAUAGGAAUGGAGUGCUCAUUAUUCAGCAUUUGCAGAAGGACUACCGAGCUUACUACAAUUUUCUAAAUUUUAUGUCUAAUGUUGGAGACCCCCGGAAUAUCUUUUCUAUUUAUUUUCCACUUUGGUUUCAACUUAAUCAGACAGUUGGAACCAAGAUGAUAUGGGUAGCAGUCGUUGGGGAUUGGUUCAAUCUUAUUUUUAAAUGGAUAUUAUUUGGUCAUCGGCCUUACUGGUGGGUCCAAGAAACUCAGAUUUACCUAAAUCACUCAAGUCCAUGCCUUGAACAGUUUCCCACUACAUGCGAAACAGGUCCAGGAAGUCCAUCUGGCCAUGCAAUGGGCUCAUCGUGUGUCUGGUAUGUCAUGGUAACCGCUGCCCUGAGCCACACUGUCAGUGGGAUGGAUAAGCCAUCUACCACUCUGCACAGACUGACCUGGUCAUUUCUUUGGAGUCUUUUUUGGUUGAUUCAAAUCAGUGUCUGCAUCUCCAGAGUAUUCAUAGCAACACAUUUUCCUCAUCAAGUUAUUCUUGGAGUAAUUGGUGGUAUGCUUGUGGCAGAGGCCUUUGAACACACCCCAGGCAUCCAGACGGCCAGCCUGAGCACAUACCUAAAGACCAACCUCUUCCUCUUCUUGUUUGCACUCGGCUUUUACCUGCUUCUCAGGCUGCUUGAUAUUGACCUGCUGUGGUCGGUGCCCAUAGCCAAGAAGUGGUGUGCCAACCCCGACUGGAUCCACAUUGACACCACGCCUUUUGCUGGACUAGUGAGAAACCUUGGGGUCCUCUUUGGCCUGGGCUUUGCAAUCAACUCGGAGAUGUUUCUCAGGAGUUGUCGGGGGGAGAACGGCUACAAGCUGAGCUUCCGGCUGCUGUGCAUUGUGGCCUCAUUGACCACACUGCAGCUCUACCAUUUCAUCAAAAUCCCCACGCACGCAGAGCAUUUAUUUUAUGUGCUGUCUUUCUGUAAAAGUGCGUCCAUUCCACUAUCUGUGGUGGCUCUAAUUCCCUACUGUAUCCAUAUGCUAAUGAAACCACACGAAAAGAAGAUUGAUUAGAGUUGUGCGGAGUUGGUGCUCUGUGGCCCCGGGAUGACCCUUCCAGCAGAAGCACACAGCAGGGAGAGCCUAGAGGCUUCCAAUCAGAGGGCCCAGGGUGGCGGACACAGGUCACAUUCCCACCCGCACAUGAUUGUAGCUUGGUGUUUAGAGUAGUCUUUUUUUAUUUUUUCUGUUUUAAGUUAGUUCCCAACAUGUAAAAAUCAUCAUAUUUGACAUAAAAAUCAGAAUUUCUGUAUUUUCUUGAACAAUCAGAUGAUAUGGCAAUAGAGGACCUGCAUUCUCACUUGGACACAAUUGACUGUUGCUGACUGUCCCCCAUAUGAACUGGCACUAUCCAUUUAUCACAGCCGGCAGCACCCCAACAAGGAGUCCCAGCAUCUCAUAUCUUUGUCUUCAGCUGCUUGGGUGGCUGUGGGUAUUUCAGUGGCAGUCAAAUCCAAAUUCUUCAGUUUUCAGAUAAGGAAAUGGAGGCUUCUGCAGGUAAAAGGACUCGCUUUUGUUACACCGCUGGCAGACAGGAUUUAAAACCCAAACAUUCAAACACGUGUUUCCAUUACACUAUGUUUUAUUUUUUCACUUUCAAGAAGUAAAGAUCCAUAAAAUUUUAUGGAGGUUCUAUGACAAUUGCUAUGUAAAUCAGUUAUUUUUCCAAAAAUAAUGUUAAAACGCUACAUCCUGUUUGGCAUACACCAUACAUGAGGGUCUUGAGGGGGCCGAUAGUGAUUCUAGAUAUGGAUACUUUCCAGAGAAAAAGAAACAGGCCAGGCUACUGUCUGGACUUGAAUCUUUGCUUAACUCCUGUUCUCUGUUGUACGGUAGUGCUUUCCAAUAUCGUAAUAAAUGCUGUUGAAUAUACUCUGCUUAGAACAUAACUUACCCCAAAAUGCUUAUCUCCUCACUAUGACAUCUUUAUACUUCAUCUUUAAGAGCCAAUUUUUUAAAACUAGGGAAAUCAAGUGACUUCCUCAAGGUCAUGCUCCAGCCCAGGAAAACUAUUAAAUGCUUAUAUCUGUUAGCUGGGUUAAUUUCUAUGAUACUGAACUGUGAAUAAAAUCUACAUCUUUACUUUAGAAAAUUAUUAUGAUAGAAUGUUAAUAUUAUACUAAGAAUUUCUCAGUAAGGUUUUUCUUCUCAUUGACCUAGUAAUUCUGGACUUUAAGUUGAUUACUUUGUCAUAUCAAUCAAGUACAUUUGAGUCAGAUUUUGCUGCAUUUCCUAUUGACCUCUGAUCUACCACAAUGUUUCAAGUAACUCUUUUCAAGAAUAUCAAUACAUGAUUUCUUUUAGAUGACAUAUUAAAUAACCCAUAAAUAUUUAUGAAAACAUAACAAUGCAAGCAAAUGCUAUUUGAUAACAUAUUAACUGAGGGUGACAAAACCUCUAAAAAUCAAACGAAUUAUUGGUCCAUUUCUAAGUGUAUUUAUAGAGUAUAUGCUGUUGCUUUUACAAAACACAUUUAAUAGCUUUCUUUUUAAAAGGUAAUUGAACUUGAUUUUAGUGAUUGGGUAAUUCCUCAGCAAAAAGCUGAGGUAUGAAGAAAGAUUAUCUUAAGAAUGACAUUUGUCUCGUGUUGAUGUAACAUUUGGAGUGAAAGAGAGAAGAAUCAUUGUUAAUGUGCGACUUUUGUUCAUUGGUCCAAGGCUCCCAGUUGUCCUUAGAAGGUCACUUCAAUCCUUUCACACUUUAUGAUGCAUUUGCCUCAUCACAUGUUCUUCUGCAGUUGUCAGAGAUCUCAUUCCUAUCUAAGAGCUCUUUGGCAAAGUUUCGUUUGAGAUUAGUAACGUUCAUCUUGAAGAAUCUUCCAUCCCAGUACAAUCUCAGCCUGCUCUUACCUUGGCCUGAGGAAACUGGCAUUAAUAGCCCAGAGAUCCUGCCACAGUGCUUGUCUCCACCGUCAUUCCCUUCUCGGUUCCCAGAGAGCUCUUUUCAGUCACUGCACAGUGAAUGCUGUCUGCUGGGUGAUACACAAUCCUCGGAAGGGGACUAGGACAAGCUGUAGGCUUGUUUUCCAUAAUUAAUGCCCAACAAAUCUACCCCUAUCUGCCAUAAAGCCCCGGAGUCCCCAUGUGAUGGGAUUUCCCUUUUUACUCUAGUUGAAAUCUCCCGGAGGGAUCUAUAUGGUGGCAAAUGGCUUUUGCAGUUGAAACUGCUUAGGCAGCAAGAGAAACAGCUUCUCACAGCCUUGGAGAAAAUGUCUGCCUUUAAUAAUAAUGGAAAAGACUCUCCUGCAUCUAAUUUAUUUGCCAAGAGUAAGUGGAAUUGAGCUCAUUUGACAUGCUGUUAUUAUAUCCAUAUAUUCAAAAUGCCUACACAUCUACAUAUUCAGGAGAAAAGUGUCAAUAUCAUGAGUUUUCAGGGUGAAAGUCUAGACAAAUGACUUGGGAAGCUGUCCAAUGAAGGAUGUAUUUGAAAAGAAAUGCAAAGGACUUUAUUAUUGCUGAAGCCAGCUAUCAAAAAGAGUGCUGAGUCCCUUUCCUUUGACAACAUAUUGAUUGGACAUCUGCCUUAACAAGGUUAAAUUGGUGCCUUCUCUAGAUCUAUUUCAGUAUAGCAGAAGGGAAAUUAAAAAGUUAUUAUAAGAUGCCCUUGAAACUCAAAGUUAUAUAGCUCUAAAUGCCUUACAUUUAUUUAAAAUCUGUAAAUAAAUUCAAGAUCAAAUUGGUAGGUACACAUGCAAAAAACUUUGGUAUAAGAGAAAGUAAAAAAAACCUUGGUUUUAAAAUGUGAUUCAUUUCUUAAGUCUAUCAAAACUAUGUAUUCCAGCACCUUUUAACUGUUUUUUUUUUACAAUGAUGGAAAUAUUCUAGGUCUGUGCUGUCCAAAAUGGUAGUCAGUACCCACAUGUGGCUAAUGAGCUCUUGAAAUGCAGCAAAUGCAACUGAAGAAUUCCAUUUUAAGGUUUUAUUGACUUUUAAUUGUUGAAAUUUAAAUAGUCAUGAGUGUGUAGCGGCUACUGAAUUGGAUAACACAGACUAAGUCCCACAGUGCUCUACCCCCCGCCCCCAGCAAAAAAAGUACUUUUCUAAUAUUGUCACCU